GCUCAUCAGCGGCCACAGCACCAGAGCGGAGCAGCCUGACAGGUCUGGGGGUGUGGGAUGGGGUGAGGAGGCAACACAGCACCCCUCAGUCCCUUCUGAACAUUGGCCAGUGCCCCCCCAGACUGGCCAUGGGGAGCAGCGAGUGUAUCCUGCAGGACACACAGGUCCGGUCACCACUUGGGGACAUCCACACCGAAGGGGACAUCCAAAGGUUAGCCCUCCUGGCGGACCCCGAUGCCACCAGGGCCACCAGCUGCGGGACCGCCGUGGGGCUGGACACGUCCCCUUCGCCAGCGUGGCCGCUCUGCACCGAAGAGAUCCCCACCAGCAGCAUGGAGGAGGAGGAGGAGGAGACGAGAGCCGAGGCUGAAGAGCUGCAUAGAAGCACAGAGGGCUGGAGGAAGGAGCUCUUCAGCCAAGCAGAGCCGGUGCCAGCGGGGGCCCGACCGCCCCCCACACUGCCCAGGGAGCUGAGGGUCCACCUGGGCACCCUGUGCCCCCUCCUCCUGCCCCAGCUGUGCCUCCCGCUCUGCGGCUGUCCCCCGCUCCUGCCGGCCCCGCAGCCCACGCCGCCCCCCACCCGCCUGGGUGGCAUGGGGACCCUGGUGUCACCUUCACAGAGCUGCGGCGGUGCCCUCUUCCAUCUGCCGCCCUGGCCGGGGCUGUACGGAACCCUCCUGCCGCCCGCACAGGGCGCUCCGGGGCUGCUGAAACCACCGGUGGGAUUUCUCCCUCUCCUCCAAGGGCCUUUCCCCGUCCCCGGCUGCGGGGCAGGGGGGUGCCCACCGUCACGGGGGGAGAUGCCCCGCUCUGCCCCGCAGCCGGAGAUGCCCAGCCACGGCGUGGCCAAGCUGCCUGAUGGCACCGGGCCGUACCGGUUGGGGAAGGACGUUAUCAGGAGCAAGUACGAGUGCAACAUCUGCGCCAAGAGCUUUGGGCAGCUCUCCAACCUCAAGGUCCACCUGAGGGUGCACAGCGGCGAGCGGCCCUUCCAGUGCCCCAUCUGCAAGAAGCGCUUCAGGCAGCUGGCACACCUGCAGAAGCACCGGCUGGUGCACACCGGCGAGAAGCCCCACCAGUGCCCGACAUGCUACAAGCGUUUCAGCAGCAGCAGCAACCUGAAGACCCACCUGCGGCUGCACUCGGGCGAGAAGCCCUUCCAGUGCCACCAGUGCCACAGCCGCUUCUCCCAGCACAUCCACCUCCAGCUCCACUGGCGCCUGCACCAGCGCUGGUGCCCACCCCCUGGCCCCCCGCAGCUGCCUUGCCCUGGCCGGCAGAGCCUGUCUGAGCCGGGACGGCCCGGGGGGCUGCGCAGGCAGAGGCUGCCCACCAGCUCCAGACCCUCAGGGCCAGGGGGAGCCACCGCCAUCAUCCACUGCAACCCCCAGCUCCAUCAGCACUGCCCCAGCCUCGGGAACAAGGAUGGAGGAGGAUCCCCUCAAAGCGCCGAGCAGCCCCCUGUCCCCAAAGCCCUCGGGGAGGGCACCCUCCCGGUGCCCCCCCGAGCUCCCAGUGUGCCACCACCGUGGUGCCACGGGGACACGGCUCUGUCCAUCAUGCCCAUCAUGUCCAUCAUUGCUUGGUGCCGCCGCUGA